GAGGCAACCCACAAGCAAAAGACCCAGGAACUAUGGAGUGACAAGAUAGAAAGAGUAGUGGCAGAAACAUUCACGCAAAUGGAUAAAACACAGCAAAAAGCAUACAAAUACAUCAGACUUGAUAACUCCAAUACAGAAAUGGAAGAAAUGGAGACAGACAACAACAACUGGAAAAGCAAAACAGAAGAAGAAUAA